AUGAAUAGGUCAUCCUUUUUACUUGUCUGCCUUCAGAAAAUUUGGCGAGAGGCAAAAAUUUGGAGCACGCUGGAUCAUCCCAACGUGGCUCGAUUCAUCGGUGUGUACUAUGAACAAGAUACACAGAGGAAUGGUAUCCCCCGUCUAGUAUCAACGUUUUAUAGGAACGGAACACUGAAAGACCGUCUGGUGCAUAUCCAUAACAACCACGAGAGACGGCAACUUCUUCUCCAAUUUUUAUCUGGAUUAGACUAUCUGCACUGCAACAAAGUCAUCCAUGGAGACCUCAAACCUACAAAUGUUCUCAUUGACGACUCUUGGAAUGCAGUUUUGACGGACUUCGGCCUUUCCUAUGUCCUUGAUGCUCAUGGUUUCACGACGACUACUGCAAAUGCGGUUGGCACACUCCGUUACAUGGCACCAGAGUUGAUGAAUCCCGCGAACACUUCGGCAUCAGCACUGCUACCCACCGUGCAAUCGGACAUCUGGUCGGCAGGUAUGACGGGUCUAGAGAUUUUAUCUGGCAAUGUGCCGUACUUCGAUCAGAAGGAGACUGGCGCGCUCAUUCAUUGUAUCUGUAGAGGGAAAAUACCCAACAGGAAUAGUUACCGUCGAGUGUCAAGGGAGACAUGGCCGGCGCUGGAGCGCUGUUGGAGAAAUCCCGGGGAGCGACCAGCUGUAUCUUCAUUGAUAGAAUUCUUACGAUAG